CUAGCAAAAUUUUAAAUUAUCCAGUAUACGAAUCGAAUUCGAAAAACGAACUAAAAAUGAAACAAUUUGCAUUUUACAGUGCUGUCCUUGUGAUAGCGUACUCGACUUUAGCAUCUACUCAAAAUCAGAUUGAUUGCAAUGGUAGGUCAUCAAUAUGUUUGGGACCAUUAAGUUAUAAAAAUUGUGCUGAUAAUGGAAACGGUGUUAUGACAGCAAAUGAUGAACCAGCUCAAUUAUGUCCAACCGGAUAUAGAUGUGCAAGUGUUGGUCGUGACGCAUGUAUGCCAAUAAAUCCAACCAGAGCUAGUAGAUCUUCUGCUGUUGAAAAUGUUACUCAAACUGCCGAACAAGCUGUAACUGAUAUAAAUAAUGAUAAUUUAAAUAUUGAUGCAGCUGAACCAGUAAAUAGUGCCAGUUUAGUAGAUGAACCUGUUAUUUCAGUCAGCCCAGAUGAAUCAGUAGCAAAUCAAACUGAAGGAAAUAAUGUAGAACUUAUUGAACAAACUAGUGAAACUCAAAUCACUCCAGAUAAUGUAACAGAAAUAGUAAUCGUAUCUGUAACAGAAGUACCUUCUGAGGCACCAACAAAUUCGAACAUAGUAGUAACAACAACUGUAUUGCCAACAGAAACCAGUGAACAACCUAUUUUUUCUUCAAUUGAUUUAGAAAACUCGACUGUUGUUGAUCAACCCAAUGAAAAUGCAAAUGGAAACCUAGAAGGAAUAGCAGGAGAACAACCAUCCAUGGGAAAUCCAGGUGAAUUAAAUCAUGGAGAUAUUGCAUCAAAUGCUACCGAGGCUGGAGAAGUAUUUUCACCUGCUACUGAAUUAGUAAAUCAAGCUACUGAAGCCUCGGUUCCCCCAACAGAGGUUUCUGUUAAAGAAACAAGUCCAUCUACAGGCACCACAAUAAUUGAAGUUUCAACAAACUCACCUCAAAAUGAAGUGGUAGAUACACUUUCCACAAAUCCUUUAGAACCAGUUUCCCAAGACCCAAUAGAUCCAGCCCAAACUGAAGUUGCUCCUAUAAAUCAAUCAGAAGUUUCUCUUCAAAGCCAACAACCAAACAUCGCUCCAGAUGAAAACGUUGUAGGAGCAGUUCAAGUGGACCAAAGCACUGCUCAAAGUGCACCAGAAACUCAAAACGUCGCAUCUAAUGAUGCUCAAGCUAAUCAAGAUGCAACAAUUCAAGAUACCGUUGCUGGACAAAAUGAUUUAAGUGUGCCAGCACCUGUCGAAGCUGUCAAUGUAAACCAGGUUGAAGAAACAAUUCCACAUGAACAACCUCUUUCGAUUCCAGAAUCACAAAGUAAUAUAAAUGAAGAAAAUCAGUCUCCUAGCGUACAACAAGCAAAUAUUGCUCAAAGUGGACAACCAGAUCCGAUUGAAGGACAAACAGCUAAUAUUCCACAAAGUGAACAAUCGUCCAUUGGUGAAAAUACAACAUCUCAAGGUGAACAAGUCAAUUUAAGUCAAAAUUCCGAUCCGUCCUCUCCAAAUGAACCUACUGUUCAAAGCCAAACUGAACUAAGUGAACAAACUCAAAGCACAGCUGUUAUUGGAACCAUUCUAGACAGCUCCACAACAAAUGAACAAGGUAGUGUAAUAGCAAACUCAAAUAGUAUUACAAAUGAUCCUUUAGUAAAUUCAGUUCAAGCUGAAUCGGCUAGCACCGGUGUUGUAAGUGAACAGGAAACACCAAUUCAAGAACAAACAGAUACCCCCACACAAGCAGAGGGAAACAAUGUAGAGCAAGGAAGUCCAAGUGGCUCAACCCAAAAUGAAGUAGGAACUUCAAAUCAAGCUGGAUCAACAAAUCCGGUUAUAGAUUCACAAAAUAGUGCAAACCAAAGGCCCGUAAGCAGUCCGACACAAGGUUCGCAAACCGACUCAAUUAGCACUUCCCAAGGAGAACAAAUCAAUCCAACACAACUACAAACGAAUGUGCCUCCACAAGCUCCCUCAAGCGAUGCAGAUCAAAAUGUAUUAACCAGCCCAGUUCAAAAUGAAACCGUGAUUGAAGAUAAUGGAGUAAUUCAGGGAUCACCAAAUAAUUCAGAUCAAGAACAAGUGAAUGUAAAUCAAAGCGGUUCUAAUAACCAAAACAAACCAACUGCAGCUCAAGGUGAACCAAUUAAUCCCACUCAAGAGCAAGUAAAUACCCCCUCGGAAUCCUCAAAUAAUGCUGCAAAUCAAGGCCAAGGAAUUUCAAACGAAUUCGCAAAUCAAGGUUUAAAUGAAUCAGCUGGCGCAGUUGAAUCGACACAAAAUAAUUCUAUUCAAGGACAAACCGGAAAUUCUAUGCAAAAUGAGCUAUCAAACGUUAAUCAAGGAGAAUUAGGUAGCACUUCCCAAAGCGCACAGGGAGUUUCGAAUAACGUAGAACCAACUAAGCCCAUUCAAGGAGAGCAAACAUAUCCUGUUCAAGAGCAGACAAAUGUUCAAUCACAAGGUUCUCAACAUGGUUUACAAAAUCAAGGCCAAGCAGGAUCUUCCACACAAGGGCAACAAACGAGUGUAGCUACAGAUGGGUUAAGUGGCUCUGCUCAGAGCGCAUCAGCAAAUCCAAUCAGUAAUGAGUCCGCUAAUACAGCACAAAGUCAAUCAGACAGUUCCGUUCAACAGCAGACAGGUGUCAAUAACCACGACUUGCAAGGUGUAGCAAAUCAAAACGGACCAGGUAACACAGUGCAAAAUGAGCCUGAAAACCAAAUUUUAGGCGGCUCAUCUAAUACAGUCGAAAUUGCACAAGAUAGACCAAUAGAAGGACAAAUUGGUACUUCCGCUCAAGGUGAAGCAGGUAAUGUCAACGGACUUAGUGGUUCUACUCAAAAUGUACCACCAACCACAAGUAACGUUGAAUCUAUUAACACAGUUGCAGAUCAACAAACCCAUCCAGUUCAACCAGCCUCUUCUCAAGACAACUUAAAUCAGUCCGGAUUGGAGAAUCCCGCUCAAAAUGCAAGUCCAGAUUUAGGAGCGACAGCCACCAUUGCUGGAAGUCCGUCAAUUAAUUCAGCCCAAGGAAUUCCAGAGGUCCCUGCACAAAACGGACAAGAAUAUGUGCCGGACGCAGGACCAACUGGUUACCCAGCUGCCACAGUAAAUGGUGAAUCAACCAGCACAGCACAAAACAAGCCUAAUGAUUCAACACAAAAUCAAUCUGGUAUUUCUAAUCAGAAUUCACAAGGCGGCAUUGAUCAAAAUGGUUUAAUAAGUCCGGUUCAAGGUGGAAAUGCUAGCCCAAGCGAAAGUGGUACAACUAAUGCAGGUUCGCAAGGAAGUUCAAUCCAGGAUCCAUCAAACCAGUCACCAUCAAAUCAGCAAAUCGGUACACAAGUCGGUUCAAGUGCUUUACUUCCCAGUGCUCCUAACAGUUCAACAAGCCAAAUUCAAGAACAGCAACAUAAUCCUAUUCAAGGUGGACAAAUCAAUCCAGUUCAAAGUGGUUUAACCGGUUCGAAUCAAAUUGGAUCAACAGGUACUUCUCAAGGCAGCGGUAUUCAAUCUCAGGUAGGCGGUACCGCACAAAAUGGACAGACUACCGGUGUAGAUGAACAACCAACAGUUUCCAAUCAAAACAGUUUGAGUGGAUCAGUUGGACCAAACCAAGGCCAAGAUAUUAGUCCAGUUCAAGGGCAAUCAACCACUUCAGUACAAAAUCAACAUGGAACUGUUGGCGGAAAUGGAAUUGGAAGUCCAAUUUCAGGUAUAUCAACAACUAAUCCUGAAAGUCAAUCUGAAAGCGCUUCUACUGGAGAACAUAUCCAAGGGCAAUCAACCACUUCAGUACAAAAUCAACAUGGAACUGUUGGCGGAAAUGGAAUUGGAAGUCCGAUUUCAGGUGUAUUAACAACUAAUCCUGAAAGUCAAUCUGAAAGCGCGUCUAGUGGAGGACAUGUCCAAGGCCAAUCAACCACUUCAGUACAAAAUCAACAUGGAACUGUUGGCGGAAGUGGAAUUGGAAGUCCAAUUUCAGGUGUAUCAACAACUAAUCCUGAAAGUCAAUCUGAAAGCGCUUCUACUGGAGAACAUAUCCAAGGACAAUCAACCACUUCAGUACAAAAUCAACAUGGAACUGUUGGCGGAAGUGGAAUUGGAAGUCCAAUUUCAGGUGUAUUAACAACUAAUUCUGAAAGUCAAUCUGAAAGUGCUUCUACAGGAGGACAUGUUUCAUCAGUACAAUCUCAGUCAGGAGCUCCAACUCAAGCUGCAGAAGGACACAAUAAUCCAACUCAAGGUGGUUCCACUAGUAACACAAUCAAUAACGGAGUACAACAACAAAGUUCUUCGCAAUCAUCUGAGUCAGAUCAAUCAGUAGAAUCAAUUGAAAGUAACGAAACUGUUGAAAAAAUAAAUAAUAAUGUUGCAGAAAAUGCGAAAAGCCCAGAAUCUGUAGAAUCUGAUGAAGAAUCAAGCGAAAGCAAAACAAAUGAAACAAAAAAUUCUUCUGAAACUGUUGAGUCUAAAGAAUCUAAUGAAACCUCUGAAGAAACUAAUGAAGCUAGUAAAGUUUCUAUAUCUAAACAAUCUAAAGAAACUUCAGAAGAAACUAAAGAAACCAGUGAAACUGAUGAAUCAGAUGAUAAUUCAAGGAAUAAUUUUGGACUCCAUCCUGCCCUACGUAAUAAUAAAAAUUUAAGAGAACAAAUUUUAAAAAAAUUGAAAAAAUUUGAAUGCAACGAAGAAGGUGUAUUUGCCGAUCCAAAAAGUUCUCAUAAAUACUACAUUUGUAACUUGAAAGAUACUAAAUUAAUUAAAAAUCACAUGAAAUGCAAUAAAGAUCAAAUAUUUGAUACUACGAAUUUAACUUGCAUACAGUCAACACAUUAGAAUUAAAUAAAAUUAUAAUCGCAUUGUAAAAAUAUUGUAGAAAAUUUGUACAGCAUAAUAAAAAUAAUACG